GCAACCUCUCAUGUUAUGGGUUGCCAUGUGACGUUUUCCCGCUGAAGUACAGAGCAAAGGAUGUAGAAGUGAAAAUUUUCGGGGUUUUGUCAGCUGUUUAGGAUAGAAAACUAAUCAUGGCCGAGAAAAAAUUCAACGGGGCUCCAUUUGGAACACAAACAGCAAGAUUUGAUGUGUCAGGUGUACAUCCAAAAAGUAAAUAUCCAGGAACCUUUACAGAGAUCCCGUACGAUAAAAAAUCCAUAGAUGAAUUGAAUCGACGACUAGCCCCAGGCACAUAUAAAGUGGAUGUAGGUGGGUUUAACAAGAAGUCCGUAGAUGAGCGGGCUGCUGGGCCCGGCUGGGCGCGGGCAUAUGAGGUGGAGAGAAUGGCAGCUCUUCCCCAUCUUCUGCACAAAGACCAGUGGGAGCUAAAGAAACUACUGCAAAGGAAAUUAGCUCCUGGUUCAUACGACAUCAAAGAUUUUCUCCAAGUGUCAGAGGAAAAACCAAGAAGUAUUCGUGGAAUUUGUCAAACUAGGGAUCAGCGCUUCAAGGAAAAUGUAGCUGCAAAUGAGACCCCCGGCCCUGGGACGUAUGGAAAGGGAGGAGUGCCACACGCAGCAGUAGAGGAGAAAGCGAAGAAAUCCACCAGUACUGUCGGCAUGCUGGACGCGGGAUCCUCCACCCCCAGGAAUCUACCAACAGUAGGCUCUGAGCUAGGACCAGGGACCUACAAUUUUAAGAGUUUCACCCAGGAGACAGUUGAGAAGGUGACAAGUCUCCGGGGCCCAUAUGACCUGUUCUCUGGGGACAGAAAUAAACCUAUCUCUGACGGCUACCUGGCAGCUCCAAAAUUAGCAGAUCUUGGUCCAGGCCAGUAUGAGCUGAAGUCUUUUGUGGAUGAUUGGCGGACAGAACAUAGAAUCCGGCAAGGAAAGUUUGGGAAGGUGGAACAGUAUCCCAAGAAAGGAACGGAGCGAAUCUUCUGUUCCACGUUACAGCAGUGUCCUAAAGAAGAGGGAACACCUGGACCAGGUACCUAUGAACCCAAACAACUGUCCAAACCUGAGACCAAAAACUCGCCAGGAUUUCUAUCAACAGCCCAGAGGAAUGACCGGGUGUCACAGAGGUUCUUCACAAGGAACUUUAACCCUGUUGGUGCUGGUCGUUAUGAUGUCCAGAAGUGGGAGGAGUCUCAACAUAAGAACGGUCAUGGCAGUGUGUUCCAAUCUAAGACCGGCAAACUUAAUGCUGUCAUGGAGAAAUUCCUCAAGGAAAGAGUUCGUGCUAAGGAUGUGAGGCUAGAGGAUCGUGUCUUCUUGGUGACACCUGAACCCCCAGAAGUCUACGUCGGUCGUAGUAAGGCUCAGGUGGAGUUUGCGGCCAGGCGGGCCUUUACCGUGACUGGCAAAUAAUUCACAAUUCAGUAUUGGAGUGGGACAGUAUUACCUGAUGGAAAUCUGUGAUGGUUUGUUCUUUGACACUGCUUUGUUC